AUUGUCCUUCGAUAAUGAAAAUACGGACCCCAAUUCCGGGAAGCACUCAAUGACAGCAAAUUGUCCCGUUGCUCGCUCAUCCAUUCAUCGUUCACGAUUCAAGAUGAGGGAGAAAUGAAAUGAAAUAAAAUACUCCGUAGUAAAAUAAGAAUUCAAUCGUGCGAUGGAGAACAUUUUAUUCUCACCGUGUUUCUGAUCGAAAAUCUGGCUUUUUAAUCAUCACGGAGCACUUCUACGGUGGUGCAGGAGUAGUUUUUGGGCGGGUCAAUGGGUGAUCUUGCGGUGGAAGGGAGGCCGUUUACGCAGCAACCUUCUCCGUCGUCUUCAACGGCGGACGCGGACUCGUUUUCAAUAGGGCAGGAGCGUUGGGCGGCGGCGGAGAUUGUCUCCGGAGGCAUCCUUGGGAAGGUCCGACCAACAGCUGUGUCAGAAGAACGUAGAAGGGCUGUCAUCGACUAUGUCCAGAGGUUGGUCCGAAGAUCCCUUGCCUGUGAGGUAUUUCCUUAUGGAUCUGUACCACUAAAGACCUAUCUCCCUGAUGGGGACAUUGAUUUGACUGCCUUUGGUGGUCCGAUGAUGGAGGAUGCAUUAGCUAGUGAUUUAGUAUCAGUUCUUGAAGAAGAAGGAAAAAAUAAGGGUGCAGAGUUCAUAGUUAAAGAUGUCCAACUCAUUCGUGCUGAGGUUAAGCUUGUGAAAUGUAUCAUACAGAAUAUUGUUGUUGACAUUUCCUUCAAUCAAAUAGGUGGUCUUUGUACAUUGUGCUUUCUGGAACAGGUUGAUCAUCUCAUUGGAAAGGAUCAUCUUUUUAAGCGUAGUAUUAUAUUAAUCAAGGCAUGGUGCUAUUAUGAAAGUCGUAUACUUGGUGCUUUCCAUGGCUUGAUAUCUACGUAUGCUCUAGAGACUCUGGUUUUGUACAUCUUUCAUCUUUUCCACUCCAGACUAGAUGGACCUUUAGCAGUUCUAUACAGAUUUUUGGACUACUUUAGCAAGUUCGAUUGGGAAAAGUGUUGUAUUAGCUUGAAUGGUCCAAUCCGCAUAUCAUCUUUGCCGGAAAUUGUUGCCGAGGCACUUGAAAAUGGUGGCAGUGAUUUACUUCUCAGCAAUGAUUUUCUUAUACAUUGUGCUGUCACGUUUUCAGUUCCCUCAAGAGAGGUUGGAACGAACUCUCAGACAUUUGUACUAAAGCAUCUUAACAUAGUCGAUCCUCUAAAAGAAACUAAUAAUCUUGGGCGCAGUGUCAGCAAAGGGAAUUUCUAUCGAAUACGGAGUGCUUUUGCAUAUGGUUUUAGGAAACUUGGGAGAAUACUUGUGCAGUCAGAUUGUAAAAAUAUUGCUGAUGAGCUUUGUAAGUUUUUUUCGAACACAUUGGAUCGGCAUGGGAGUGGUCAGAGGUCUGAUGUUCGAGAUCUUAAUCCACUAGCUGGCCACACUGGUUUCUGCUCUGCAUUUGCUCCUUCGGAUAUAAAUUCAUCACACCUUGAGAAUCUAAAUUAUAGACUCAAAUCCUGCGACCUCACAAGCACAAGUGGAGAUUGCCAAGUCUGCCCAUGCAACGUUGGGGAUAGGAACCAAGAGUGUACCACAGAUGCAUACCAAUCCAAGCUGGCUUCAGGCACUGAUUGGUGUGUAGAAGGAAAUGCAGUGGAUAAUCAACUUCUUGUAGAUGCGAUGGAACUUGCUAGCUCAAUACAUGAAGACCUAAAGUUUCCUAACCAUUUUCACAGUUUUUCUCAUUUGGGUACAGAUAGAUCUGUAGCUGAUAUGCCAUUUUACACACCUCAUGUACACUUUACUGGCUCCAUGUGCAAUGGGGAGGUGAGAAGGGGGAAUCCAGAAGGAAAGCAGGAUGGCAUUGACAGCAAAUAUUUCUUUGGGUUAAAACAAAAAAGCUCCAAAGAAAGAAAGUGCCUGGAGAAGAAUCAUUCAAUUUAUAAGCAUGAUGUUUUGAUACCCUCUGCAUCAGGGGAUGUUUCUAUGGCCUCCCAAAUACUUGCUUCCUCCAACUGCUCACACCACAUAAAACACGACUGGCCUUCAGCUAUUUGUGCCAGAAGUAUGCAAUAUUUUCAUUCUUUGUUGAACGAUCUUGGUGGUGACUUCAACUAUUACUUCAGUUGUCUGCAAUAUGGCAGAUGGUGUUGUGAAUACUCUUCAAACAUGUUGACUUUCACUGCACCUAAUUCACCACCAUCUUCACUGUAUGUUACAUACUCAUUGGAUGCAGUUCAGCAGCCAAUACAGGUCAAAGCGAAUGGUUUUCUCUAUGGGAGUGCUAAUGGUAUUUUUCCUAGUCAAGCAUUCUAUCCAGCAAAACCUCUGUCUGUACCCAGUCUUUCAUUUGGCUUAGAAGAGAUUCUGAAACCACGGGGAACUGGAACAUACUUUCCAAACAUGAAUCAAUCCGCAAAAAGUUAUAGGUCUUCCUCAACUUGGAAGGGAAGGAGUCAGGCUCUGACGAGGUCUCCUCGAACGACAAAUGGAAAGAAUGCACCGCCAUUUACCGAGUCAUAUGCACAUCACAGAAACAGCCAUGAACUGCUACAAGAAUCACUAGAUGCGGUUGAUUCAACUGUUAUCAACCUAUUGUCUUCAUCUCAUGGAAGGGGGGAGCAUCCCAGUGCUGGUAAGAAUUACCUAGUAUCUCACUCUGAGGGUGCUGCUGCUACUGGUAUUGGGUCAGUUGAAGAUGUUCCUCCACCAAGGGCUUCCAUGUCAGACCAAAGCCGACAAAGGAGGCAUUCCCAUACAUCAUCACCUGUACCACAUUCUGCUCUAGCUUCCCCUACUUUGAGGUCACACCAAUCCAUACCCCUUUCUAGUCGGGAUCAUGUAUGACAUACUAAUAUCUUCAAUAUUUAUCAUCUUUUUGUUGUUGUUGUCAGAGCCUAGCUCACCACUUAAAGAAGCUCCCAGGGUUUUACUUGGCACUAGGAGCUGAAUGGGAUGGUGGCUUGGUUUAGAUUGAAGGGCUCCUGUUGGGUGGGCCUACCAGGAACACUUCAAUCUUGGACGCUGUUACUAGGGUCGAUAGGUCUUUAGUGGCUAACUAAGAAACAUGAGCCCGUGCAUUGCUCAGUGGCUCCUACAUUGUUUUUAUUUUGUAGUCAGAGGCUGUUCCUGUAACAUUUAGUGACUACGUUUCUUUACCAGCUUCAAUGCAAUUGGUUUUAUGCAAGACUUGGCCAAUGAUGUUAAAAGAGUCUUUCCUGCAAAGGCAUUUGUUCGUUGUCAAUUGCAGAGAACCAAAAGUAUUUGCUUUCGAGGAGUCUACUGCAGUGUAGCAAACAAAUGGCAUUGUUAAUU